AUGGCGAGCAUGGACUCAAUCUACUCGGCCACUUAUAGCAGUGUACCGGUGUAUGAACUCAAGAUUGAUGCAGAUAGUGUGAUGAGACGGAGAGAAGAUGACUGGGUAAAUGCGACACAUAUUCUCAAGGCUGCCGGAUUUGACAAGCCUGCGAGAACUCGAAUUUUGGAAAGAGAAGUGCAGAGGGGAGUUCACGAAAAAGUCCAAGGCGGAUACGGAAAAUAUCAAGGAACAUGGAUUCCCCUCACUCAAGCUCGCUUGUUGGCAGAGCGCAACAACGUCCUGGCCAAACUUCUGCCUAUUUUCGAUUACGUCGCGGGAGAUCGCAGUCCUCCACCCGCCCCAAAGAAUACUUCCGCUUCCUCGAAACCCAGGGCGCCUCGCAAAUCUGCGAAAGCCAAAGAAGCUUCUGCUUCAGCGUCGGCAUCGGAAGCCUUCUCUGUUAUCCCGGCAAAACCAAAACCAACUCCACGAAACAUGGGACCUCCGACCAUUCCUCACGAACAACAAUAUGAGAUGAGUACCACAUUCGAUGACAACGAGUCCAUUGAACAAGCAGCCCUCGAAUCAUCUUCCAUGGUUGCAGACGAAGAUAUGAUGCAGUUGUCCCAAACUGGAGGGCGCAAGCGCAAGCGUGGUGUGAAUGAUGCGCCCGCCAUGUCUAUUACUGAGCAGGAACACAUUAUGUACGGAGAUGAACUGCUGGAUUACUUUAUGACUGUCGGCGAUGCACCCCAGGCUACACGGAUUCAUCCUCCCCAGCCUCCGGCCCAUUUUCAAGUUGACCGUCCCAUCGAUGAAUCCAACAAUACUGCACUGCAUUGGGCCUGUGCUAUGGGCGAUCUGGAGAUCGUGCAAGAUCUCCUCCGUCGGGCAGCGAAUCCGAAAGCAUUGUCUAUUCAUGAAGAAACUCCGCUUGUUCGUGCUGUGUUAUUCACGAAUAAUUACGAAAAGCGAACUUUCCCAGCCCUUCUAGAUCUUUUGCUGGAGACUGUGACCUUUCGAGACUGGUUCGGUGCCACCAUCUUCCACCACAUUGCCGAGACCACGAGAAGCAAAGGUAAAUGGAAAAGCUCCAAGUACUAUUGCGAGAUAUUGCUGGAUAGCCUUUGCCGCUUCCUUUCUCAAGAGGAACUUGAGAUGCUUCUGGCCUGUCAAGACGAUAAUGGUGAUACUGCCGCCCUUGUAGCUGCUCGAAAUGGAGCUUUCCGUCUCGUGAACAUGCUUGUUGCCCAAUGUCCUCGCUCGGGCGAUCUGAUGAACAAAAAAGGCGAAAUGGCGUCGAGAAUGUCACAUAGGACUCAUAUCGAAGCUGAGGCUAAUCCUCCUGCUCCCUCGUCUGUCACUAUGGCAAAUGAUCAGUUGGACGGUGAGGCAACGAUUCCUUCAGAUCGUCAAAACAUUGCAGAACUUCCGACCAAUUCUGCCGUUACCUCGAUCCUUCUCUCAAAAAUCAGCACUAUUAUGGCUGAAGCAAACAAGAAACUUGCCGUCACUUAUGGCAACUCCAAGAUGAAUCAACACGACUCCCACGAUAUCGCUGACCCCGAGGCACUCUUUCAACAGCUUGAGUCGGAUCGCGAGAAGAUCCAGAGUCUUUUAGCCACACUUGCUGUUAAAGAAGCUGAAAACGAGCCUAUCGACGCGCUACGCGAACGCUACGAGAAACUACGCGUCGACUAUGAGUCUCUUCUUGAACGCGUCCAACACGCCCGCCUCGUACAGCAAUUGGCUGUUACUCCCUUGCCGCCAAAGGUUCCCGCGACCGACCCCUCCUCACUCAGCAAAGAAGAACUGCUCACUCGAUACCAACUUGCUCGCGAGUUAUCCACGGCACAGAAGACGCGUCGUACGGCUGUCCACGACCUCGUUCAACAGACUGCAGAUGCUGGUGUAAGCACCAAAUACGAUGUUCAUCGCAAGCUGGUUGCUCUAGCCACUGGUUUGAAAGAAGAGGAGCUUGAUCCCAUGGCGGCCGAACUGGCCGACUCGCUCGAAUUCCAGCGCAUGGGUACUACAGAUAAGGCCGCGUCUCCUGAUCCGGGUCACCGCCGACUGCCUUCCCAGAUGGAGUCCACCACGCUGCCUUCUGGUCAUGUACAUGUGGAUGCUUAA